AUGAAAGAAGAAUUGACAUUCAAUUAUGAAGAGAAAGUUUUGGAAAUGGUUUUGAAAGACAAUAAAGAAAUAAUGAAUGAGAACUCGGGAAUUGAAAAUAACUACAAAAGUGUUCAAGAUGUCAAACAGUUAAUACAGUUACUUAUAAAUAAUACGGAAGAGAACAAGAGGGAAUUAAAAAAUCUUUUUGCAAAACAUGACUCGCGAAUUGAAAACAACUACAAACGUGUUCAAGAUGUCAAACUGUUGAUACAAUCACUUAUAAAUAACACGGAAGAACAUGACUCGAAUUUUGUGGGGGGAGGAUGGUCGGACUGGGAGUCGUGGGGUUCCUGCUCAGUAGCAUGUGGUGAGGGAUUUCAAACACGCGUGCGUAGAUGUGACAACCCAACACCCUCAAGUCACGGGAGAUAUUGCCAUGGUGACGCCAAAGAAUGGCGAAUGUGCGAUGGGGCUCAAACAAAAGUGACAGAUUGUCUGGAUAUUUAUCGUAAAUGUCCAUCCUCACCUGACGGGGUGUAUCGAGUCAACUUGUGGAAAUCCAAGACGGCUAUCAGUGUGUAUUGCGACAUGACGUCAAGGAAUGGAGGAUGGACGGUUUGUUAAGUGUUAUGUUAUCCGAUAGGGG